AUGAAUUAUCCUUCACCAUCACACGUUUACGUUCCACCACCGCCUAAAUCCCACAAGAAAAUAAUACUGAUCAUUGUUGGUAUUGUUGUCGCAGCAGUUAUACUUAUUGGUAUUGUGGCUAUUGGAUUGGGAGUUGGUCUUGGUGUUGGUUUAACAAGAAACAGUGAUUCAUCAAGUAGUAGUAGUAGCAGCAGCAGCAGCAGCUCAAAUUCUGUUCUGUCAGCACCAUCGGUAAGUUGUACCUAUAGUGGUUCAGAUACGUGUGGUUGCUCUGCAACUCAACCAUCAUUUCAAUCAGCGAAAAUUGUUAAUGGUUACGCUGCAGUCGCAAACUCCUGGCCAUGGGUUGUAGCACUUUACAUAAACGAUAACAAAACAUUUUGUGGUGGUUUUCUCGUCGAUUAUCAAUAUGUCGUGACGGCCGCACAUUGUGUCUAUUCUUUAACAGGUUCAAUAAUUGCUUAUGCUGGUAUACAAACGUUGUCUACACGAAACAGUGGCCAGGCACGUGUAGUUAGUACUUUCCAAUACCAUCCGAGUUAUUCACCAUCAAGUUAUCAAAAUGAUAUCGCUGUAUUAACUCUUGCAUCGCCAUUUACAAAAACAACAACCGUUGGUAAAUGUUGUCUUACAUCGGAUACUUCAUUACCAAGUUCCAGUGAGCAUGGUGUGAUUGUCGGCUGGGGUUAUACAUCACAAAAUGCUAAUUCCGUUUCAAACACAUUAAAUCAAGCCGUUGUUGAAGUUAAAAGUGAUUCCGUAUGCGGUUCGUCAUCAGUUAGUACUCGAUUUUGCGCUGGCUAUACAGGCACUGAUGCUUGUUUCGGUGAUAGUGGUGGUCCAUUUAUGACGAGUGUUAAUAACUCAUGGACAUGCACAGGUAUUGUUAGUGCUGGAAAUGGUUGCAGCGUCGCGACGCUUUACACUCGAGUUGCAUCGUUCAGGUCAUUCAUCAACGGUAUUGUAAGUGGUAAAAAAUAG